AUGAAGCGAAAAGGCGCCCCGGAGAAUCCGGUGCCUGCCAGACGCCAUCCCAGGCAGGAUCCGGUGUCUUGCGAGUUCUGUCGGAAGAAGAAACUGAAAUGCGACCGGCAGCAACCCUGCAGCAGCUGUCGCACACGUUGUCUGCAGUGUUCUUUUCCCAGCAACUCCCCUGUCCACACCCAGAAUGCCGCCAAACCAGCACGUCCGGCCUGGUCGCAGCCAGAGAGUCCCCAGCAGGAUAGUCCUGGCUUGGCCCCUCCAGGUCCGGGGCUCGUCGGCAGCAAGGAGUCGCUGGUGACCGCAGACUGGCUGGAGCAGAUUCACAUGGGCGACCGGGUGCCAGCAGCAGUGUCACCGCAGCUCAGGGCCGAACUCCACGAGAAGCGACUGGGAUACGACGAAGUCAGCGGUGCUGCGCGUGUUUUGCUCUCCAUCACCUCGCAGUCCUGGACGCCGAACCAGAAUCCAGCCACAGUCGACCUGAUCCAGUUCCUCCCGGCCGAGUCGGACUCGCUGGCUCUGUUCAGCUACUUCUGUCGCUAUAUCAGCUACUUGUACCACAUCAUCAUCCCCCAUGUCCUCGAGGGCCAGAUCAACGAGGUCUAUCGCUGCGUGGAGCGCAGGAAACCCGUGAAUCGGAGCUACCUUGCGCUUGUCUUUGCCAUUACUGGGUCUUCGCUCUUCCUGCAGUGCUCGAUACAGUCGUCGCGCCACGCAGCAAUGUGCAGCCAGCGGUUCUCGUUCCUGACUGGGGCUGCUCUGACCCAGGCAGACUACAGCUCGUAUCCAACAGUCGAGGGUCUCCAGGCGACGAUGAUCAUCUUUCACAACAUCUCCCACAUCCACUGCUGCACAGCUGUCAGUGGCUUCUUCACCAUCGGGUCGAUCAUCGAUCAGGCGAAGAGCAUGCUGCUGCAUCGACUUGAUACGCCGCAGUCUCGAGAGGGGAGGAAGGAAAGCACAAUAAUGUUGGAGACGAAACGGCGGUUAUGGUGGGAUAUCGCGUCAUUUGACUGGUGUCUGAGCUUCCUGAGCGGGCCUCAGGAGUGGACAUAUCUGGUCAACCCAGCCUUCAUGUACACCGACAAGCCUGGCAACAUCGACGACAUGGAAAUGACCAACAGCGCCAUAUCACAACCCAGCACAACACCCACGGCCAUGUCCUUCUUCCUGGAGCGCCUCAAGCUCGCCGAGACAUGCCGAUCCAUCGUCGACACCAUCUCGGCCGAGCAACUCACCGGGAAAGAAGUCGAGUACUCCAAGAUCCUCGAUCUCGAUCGCAAGAUCCAGGAGACCCAGGCCCAGUCCCCCGAUUUCCUUCGCCUCGACCCAAGUUCCCGCCGCCGCUAUGCAGCUCUCCACAAGGAGCGCCCCACUAUAGCCUGGCAGGGAUGCAUCCUGCAGCAGGCCUGGUACUCCCGUCUGUGCCGUCUGCACCGACCCUUCUUCAUCCGUGGGGCGCGCGAUCCGACUUAUUCCUAUUCGUACAUGGCCGGCCUCAGCGCGGCUCGCAAGGUGCUCGAGAUCAAGCGCCUCAUGGACGAGGAGGAGCCGCGGUUCUCGCCGUCGAGCUCGGUGAUCUGGUCCAUUAUGCACCACGUCUUCAUGGCGGCCGUCAUGCUGCUGCUGGAUGUAUGCUACAACGGCGACGACAUUCUCGCCGACAAGCGCAAGGAAGAAGUCCUCGACGCUUGCCGGAUGCUCAGCAAGGCCCAGCAAUCGUCGGCCCUAGUGAAAGAGGGAAUCGACGCCAUGAUGGGCGUCCUCCGGGGCAACUACAUCAGAAACGGAAAGCCGCUGUCUACUAAUUCGGGAUUAGUCUCUGGGGUUGAUGCAUUGGAUUCCCAGACUCUCGCCCCGCCUGUGGUGGUGGAGGAGCCCAUGCAUGCAUCAUCGUCGUUCAUCGACCCAUCAGGGGCAUCAGAUAGAACACCCCUCCAGGAGGACAGAGACCUAGAGGAUAUCUGGUCUGAGUUGAUUGACAACGGUGGUAAUAUGGACUUUGAUGCGGAUGACUGGACGGGCUUGUUCUCUAAUCUGACAAGGGGUACUAUGCCUCCUACGCAGACAGACAUACGACAUAUAGCAUAA